UUAUUAUAGAACCUUGGGAAAUUGUAAAAAUGUGGGUCUUAUAGGAACUUCGAGUUGCUAAGCAACCGUGAAUAUACGAUGUUCAUUGGUGGAAAGAUUCGAGUUUCAUCAAGUUUUCCGCUGAUGUACCCAGAUAUACCUAUGCUUUUACAGGUUAUACAUCCGCUGUGUAAUUAUUUUUGAGAGCUAUGAAAAGAUACUACAUCAGACAAUCAAAAGAAAAUAAUUAAGGGAAGUUAGAAAGUUAUCAUAUUACGUCAUAUUUUCUCCAUUAUCUUACGUAUGUGAGCGUGCAAUUUUUAAGAAUUUUCAAACAAUGUCCGUAGACGAAAGUCAACAAUCUGAAGUCAUGACGCUUCCAAUGUUUGACAAUCAGGAUGAUUCAAUGUUGGAAGCAAUGCAAAGUAUUUCUUCAAAAAAUGAUGAUGCUGCUAACUUUAAUUAUCUACAUGAGUGUAUGAGCAGUCUUGAAAGUAAGGAUUCUGGGGUAAAUUUAUCCCCAGAGUCUGUUAAUGGAUCAAGGUCUGACCUACAACUGGAAAAUUUUGAUGAUAAUUAUCAGAAUAGUGAUUCUGAAAUAUCUACUCUGAAUAUUAAUUUUAUUAAAAUGGGAAAUAUGUUUCUACAAUCUAAAAACCUUGAAAAUGUAGAAAAGAUGCAUGGAGAAGAUAAUGACAAUAUAAAAUAUCACAAUAAAAAAUUGAUAUUUGAUAAUUACAAUAUAAUUCUAGAAAAUUCGGUAAAUACUGAAAAAAGCUGUGAUAUUAAAAUGAACAAUGCAACUCUAUGUAUUAUGGAAAACUCCAUAGAAACAUUAAAGGUUUUACAUCCGGAUAUUACAAAUUCUCUUUGUAAUUCUAACAAAGUAUCUGGAUCACUAUAUGAUGAUUUUGAAGUUUCAUCUUCAUGUACCUUAACAGGUUUAUUUCCUAAAGGACAUAAAUGUCAAAGUUUUGAAAUCACAAGCAGUGAAAGUGAUGUACAAGAUUGUGAAAAAAUUGUAAACAAUGAAUUGUAUUCUGAUACAGACUUAGAAAGAGACUCUGAUCUUGAUGGACAAUCACUCAAGAACAAAGAACAUAUGAAGUUAGAUGAUUUAGAUAAUUUGCAAGAAGAAGUAAAGACUUGUCCUCAGUGCCCAAUGACAUUCAGAUACAAAAGACACUUAGACCGACACUUGGAAGGCCAUCUGAAGAAUAACUGUCCUCACUGCAGUGCAAAGUUUGCGCGACGUAAACACCUGGAUGUGCAUCUAUUUCGUGCUCACGGUGAAAAAGUAAUGAAGUAUCCUCAUUUAUGCGACGCAUGUUCGCGAAGCUUCCCAAAGCGGAUACUCCUGAAUCGUCACAGAGCAAAACAUCAAUAUGAAACUGGUAAAGUAUGCUCAAACUGUGGUGAAAUGUUAAAAACUCAAGCGGCAAUUCGUGAACAUAUGGAGAGACAUAAUAAUGAAAAGGAAUUCAAAUGUGAUCGAUGCCCACAAGCCUUUAAUGUGGAACAAACAUAUUUAAUUCACGUUCAGAAUCAUGAUACUCAUAAAUGUCCUCAGUGUGAUGCAACAUUUGCAUCUAAAAAGAGGGCGAAUGAGCAUUUCAAAUUAACUCAUUCUGCAAAACCAAAGGCCCUUGAAAUAGAGAAGAAUGGUUUAUAUUAUUGUGCUGAAUGCCGUCACGGAUUCAUUAAAAAGGACAGUUAUUUCCGUCAUUUGCAAACUGCUCUUCAUCUUAGUAAAGCCAAUAAUGAGGUCCCAUUUGAAGGUAUAUUCAGCUGUCCUGUUUGCGCGAAAGAAUUAACAACGCGAAGAGCUCGUGAUCAACAUAUACGACGUGUACAUAAAGAUGAAAAAAAAUUUUCAUGCAAUACAUUUGGUUGCACUUUUAAUUGCACUAAUAAAAGUGACUUAGAUAGGCACAGACAAUUGCAUGUAGAGAUGAGAAAUAUUAUUUGUGAACAUUGUGGCAAGACUUUCACAAGUGUUAGCAUUUUAAAUGAUCACGUGCUUUAUGUGCACAAUAAAGAGAGACAGUUUAUUUGUGAAGAAUGCGGUAGAGCAUUCAAGAGAAAUAGUUUAUUAAGUAGACACAAAUUGUCACAUCAGGAAGUUAGACCAUUUGCUUGCAGCCAGUGUAGUGCUGCUUUUAAAAGAUCCCAUCAUCUUACCCGACACAUGGAGACUUGUCAUAGAAUUACUAUGGAGAGGAAAAAAAAGGUCGUAAAGCUAAUGAAAACUGAAGAUGGUCAACUGGUACCUAUAAUAGAAAAGCCAAAGCAGCCAAAAGUUAAGAAUAUGAAGAUGAAAAAGGAAGUUCAAGUGAAUACCAAUCCACAUACUACAGUUUCGGUGGACAAGUCUUCCAUUGCUAGUGAAAUUGAUGUAAAGUCUUCAUCUGUUGAAUUGCAGCAUACACACUCCUUUUCAAGCACUGGAACUCUUACUGAGAGUGCAGGAAUUUCAGUACAAAUGUCCAAUUUGUUACCGGUGGUGGAUAUGAUGCCACAAUUUCUGUCACUGGUAGAUAUCAAUUCUGGUCAAGUUGUUACUGUGGAAGUUGCCAAUCCAGACACAUUACCUUUAAAUGACCUGGUAGAUCAAUUUGAGACAAAUUGUAAUGAGAUGCUGGGAUUAUCAGGAUAUCAGGAUUUGGGCUUCCAAAAUGCAGACCAAAGUUACUACGAUCAUUCAAGUUACUCAGAAUUACCACUGGAGAAUGUAUCGGAGUCUCCGCUAUUGCUGGACCCUAACGGUAGCAAAAUGGAUUCGCUGCCUACGAUUGAAAAUUAUCUUACGCAGCCUUUUCCACCGUUUUUGAAUCUUUAGAUAAAUGCCCUCGAAUUAUGAGAUUAUAAAAAUCUUAAAGAUCUCCUUCUAAUCUUUUUCUUUAUGAGAAAUGUAAUUAUACAUCUUGUUUCUUAUACUUAAUAACGGAGCUUAUAUGUAUUUAAAGAAUUUUCUAUUAUUUUUGUAUCUGGAACCCCUACACUACUAAAAAAUGGUUCUCUUUUUUUUUUAAGAUUUUAAAUAGAGUUAUCACGAGAAUUGUGUAAUAGGACACAAUUCCAUGGUAUAGUAGUAGAAAAUCUAUUUUGCAAUGACACUUUGCAGUAAUGAAAGACGUUCAGUAUUAGUUAUCUAAAAAUGAACAGAUUAAUACAUUUUUAUAAGAAAUACUCUUACUACAUUUUUAUUGCCUUCGUCUAAACGUAUUUUCAGUCUUACGCAUUUGUCAAAUAUGUAUAGUACUUGCUGUUGUAUAUGUAUAGUUACAGUAUUGUUAUGUUGGAUAUCUUUAAGAGAAUAAGAUACAUCUGAAUUUUAUUUUUUUAAAUAAACAUACAAUAAUUAAGCAAAAUAUUUCAUGUCAGAGUUGUAAUAUAUGUCUGGAAUGUCUGUUCUUCAAAAUAAAUAUGUACUGAAAUUUAA